AUGGAAGGAAUUUUUGAAGAGUUAAACCAACAACAAAAACAAGCGGUAUAUGAGGAAAGUUCUCGUAUCUGCGUUAUUGCCGGACCGGGUUGUGGCAAAACCAAAACCCUCGUUAGCCGAAUUAUUUACUUAUUAUCCAGUCAAAAAGCCCAACCUCGAAAUAUAUUAGUGCUAACUUUUGCCAAAAAGGCGAUUAAAGAAAUUAAAAAACGGGUUUUCUCUCACCUUAGCGAUAUUUCUCCCCGAGAACUUCAUAUCCAUAACUUUCACUCUUUUUGCUUUCGGAUUCUUAACCGACACGCCCACCUCUUAGGCUUUCCCGAAAAUAAAUUUCCGGUCUAUGACCGCCACGAGCAAGAAACUGUAAUUCGUAAAUUACUCUACCAAGAAAAUUAUAAUACUGAAAAGAAAGAGAUAAAUACCAUUAUUUCCUGUAUUAAAUAUUUAAAAACCAACCAAGCCCUUGAUUUUAACGAUUUACUUCUUUAUACCAUAAAACUUUUUAACUAUCACUCUCCGGUGCGGGAAGAAUAUCAACGACAAUUUACCCAUAUUUUACUGGACGAGUUUCAAGAUAUCAAUGCUAUUCAAUGA